AACUACCUGUUACGGUAAAUUUUACUCUAAUGGACAAGUGUGAUUACGAAUUCUAAACCUCCAGUGAUCGUACUGUUUGUAAGUUCGGUUAUUGUUAUGGACGAAAAUACUGAUACUGUGUGGGAUAAAACUUGUUUAGAUGACGUCAAGUCACUCUCUUUACCUGGAACUUAUCAUGAGAAAAUCACAUCCCUUGGAACAGCCUUGAAGUCUUUUACGAGACUAAAAAACUUGGACUUGUCAAGAAAUGCCAUCCAAUCCUUACAGGGUGUAGAGAGUCUGCAGUUGUUGGAAACCCUGAACUUAUACUACAACAACAUUUCCUAUCUCCAAGACUUGAGUGCUCUUAAAUAUUUGACAAACCUUAAGGAGCUGGAUCUCCGAUUAAACCCUGUGACUAAGAAUGAACCAGAUUAUCGAUUGUACAUUGUUCAUCUCCUGCCGAGUCUCAAGAGACUGGAUGACCGGUCAGUCCGGGAUAGUGAAAGAAGAGCAGCUAUAAUGCACUUUACAUCGGAACAGGCCUCUGAGUUCACUGAAAGCCCAUCAAUUCAAUUGACAGACCAUGAAAGACCUUCAGUUCCAAGAGCUGAUCUUGUAAGAACCCUUGGUCCAAAAUCAGCUCUUGCUGAAGACGAUGUGGCAGUUCUUGAUCUAAUAACACGCACCGGAGGAGAUCUCAGCAAACCACAUGCAAUCACUGGCUCAUCCACCAGAGCCCCAGAGACACAGGACUUUACACGGGAAGAGCUACGUAACAUGCCCAGUUCAUACACAACUCCACCCAAGCACAAACGAGAUACAAGUCCACAAGAGCACCGCAGCCCUCCACGACAAAAAGAUCGAAUUUAUGUCCAGUUUGCUGAUGAAGUUAAGGACAACACACACUUGAAGUACACAGAUGAUUCAUCAGCCUAUACUUCUUACAGCACACGAGGUCACUUUACACCGAACCCUCAGGUGAUUGGCACAGCAAUGUCUAUGGAUAUCCCUUCACCAAGAACCCACACACAAGCCCUUCCACCAAAGGAUACCCAGACCAUGCCUCCAAGAAAUCAGCAGGUCAUGUCACCCAGAUUAUCAUCGAGAGAGCAGCCCCGAGCUGAAGACAGGCCAUACAACGUGUCAUCUCCAGAGCGGACGAGAGGUUCGCAAGAAGAGCCAGGAUAUGGGAGAAGCAUGGACAGUGGCAGGUUAUCAGAGCCAUUGCCAGACAGAACGCUUGACAACAGCCAGUCAGACAUGAUGCUCGACAAAGUGCUAGAUCUCGUCGACAGGUAUUGGAAUGGCUCCAAGUCACUUCAUCACAACACAAAAUUUAAAAAUUUAGCCACAAAGCUACUCUCCUCACUACAAACUCAACCGACACAUCACCCGUCUCCUGGGGCAACUGGCCAGCUGAGAGUAGAGCUCUCAGAACGGACCGCUGAGCUGUCGCGCCUGCGGGAGCAGAUGUCUGAGCAGCAGCGUGAGCUGGAGCGUGUUCGUAAUAAGCUGAAGGGUCAAGAGAUGCUACAGGGAUCGCUAGACAUUACGGCUCAGGAGCUGACGGCUGUGAAAGCGCGUUUACAAGAUACACAAGAAGAAAACAGUGUGUUGAGGACAAAAGUGAAAACCCUUGAGUCACGGCAGAUGAAUGCUGGUGAACAGGAAAGGCAACUUGGUGAACUGUUGAGGAAGAAUAACGAACUUGAGGAGAAAGUCAAAUCAUUCAGUCAGCAAGUAACUCAGCAAAAUUGCAAUUUGGAGCAGCUACAGGAACUGACCUGUAUGCUACAGGAGAGCCACAAGUCACUUGUUGCCACUAAUGAUCAUCUUCUGCGUGAGCUGGAUGAAGUUCGACAGCGUCACAAUCAGGAGGUACAUCAGCUCCACUGGAGUUACGACAAGCUGAAAAACACAAUGGAUUGGCUACCCAAUGCCAGCAAGUAAACUUGAAAUAUAUGACUUGUAAAUGGCUAGGCAAGCCAAGCAAAUAAAACAUGCUUACACAACUAGCUGGCAGCUACCUUACAUCACCAAGUAAACCAGAAAUACAAACAUACAUAGCUGGUAUAAAUCGUACGCAUGGAUCCUAUGUGGAAGCCCCUUUAGUAAAGCAGUCAAUGAAUCAUCAGUGUUGUUUAAUUUAUUUAUCUCUACAUGAUGGUUGCAUGAUGCUUUUGUGAAACACACAGCCAAUAGAUUCACUUUUACUCAUAUCUUUUCCCGGGUUCCAUUGGUCUGUUUCACCCAAGUGUUUGGCAUUCGUGGACAAGUAUCAUUAGCAAGGUAUUCACAGGAAUCAUUGCAAAGUGUUUGGCAUUCGUGGAUAAGUAUCAUUAGCAAGUUAUUUACAGGAAUCAUUGCAAAGAAAUUCAAGAUUGACAUCACAAGAAAACAAUGGUUUAGUGAGAAGAAAUUUAAGAUUGACAUUACAAGAAAACACAGUUUAAACAAAUAUUAAUAGCUCUAAAACACUUAUUUAUAUGGUGUGUAUGAUCUGUAUAUGGUAUAUAUGAUAUAUGAUGUGUGUGUGAAUGCUAGGUAUAAGUUCUUAUAUAUGUUACUUCAUACUUAGUUUUAAUAAAUGAUAGAAUGGAAAAUAUAUCUGGGAAUGCUCAAA